CGCCGUCUCGCCCACGCCUCUCCAUCGCUCCGCGCCGCUCUCGACGGCGACACGGAGAUGCGGCCGCCCGCGCGCUCGCCGGCCUCGCCGCCGUGCCUGGCGACGGCGGCGCUAGCGGCGUCGGCUGCGCUGCUCCUCAUCUGCGGCGGCUUCGGCUUUGGCGCCUCCUCCUCCUCCCCCGCGCGCCGCACGUCGUCCAGGGCCACGGGCCCCGACGCCCCGCGGCCGUCGCUCGCGUACUGGAUAUCCGGCACGGGUGGGGAGAUGGCGAGGGUGCUGCGGCUGCUCAGGGCGGUCUACCACCCGCGGAACCGCUACCUGCUCCACCUCGACGCGGGCGCCGCGGCGGGGGAGCGGGAGGCGCUGGCGGCCGCCGUGCGGGCGGACGGGGCGUGGAGGGAGGCCGCCAACGUCGACGUCGUCGGCGAGGGCUACGCCGUCGACCGCACGGGCUCCUCCGUGCUCGCCGCCACGCUGCACGGCGCCGCCGUUCUCCUCAGGGUCGCCGCCGACUGGGACUGGUUCGUCACGCUCAGCUCCUCCGACUACCCGCUCGUCACGCAGGACGAUCUCCUUUAUGCCUUUUCUUCUGUACCGAAGGAACUAAACUUUAUUGAUCACACAAGUGAUCUUGGAUGGAAGGAGCAUGAAAGAUUUGAAAAACUUAUUGUUGACCCAAGUUUGUACAUGGACAGUAACAGCGAGCUUUUUCCUGUAACAGAACCAAGACAAAUGCCUGAUGCAUUCAAGAUAUUCACAGGUUCUCCAUGGGUAAUUCUAACCAGGAACUUCACCGAACACUGUGUGCAUGGUUGGGACAACCUUCCCCGCAAACUACUGAUGUACUUCGCCAACACAGCUUACUCCAUGGAAUCGUACUUCCAGACUGUUAUUUGCAACUCUUCUAAGUUCAGAAACACAACUGUUAACGGGGACCUACGAUACUUUGUGUGGGAUGAUCCUCCAGGACUUGAGCCACUUACACUUGAUGAAUCACAUUUCGGUAACAUGGUAAACAGCAGUGCCGCGUUUGCAAGGCGGUUUGCGGAGGAUUCUCCAGUCCUGAAGAAGAUCGACGAGGAGAUACUAAACCAUUCUUCAGACUGUGCGAGCUUGAGUGGAAGACGGGUGAUGGAUGUGGGCUCAUGCUCAAAAUGGGGUGACAUUGAUGUUCUCCGACCAUCGCGUGCUGGAGAGCAGCUUAGGCGCUUCAUUUCUGAGAUCAGUCAGACAAGAGGAUGCAGCUAGCUGGAAGCUGAAUCUGGAAUUUUUCAUCAAGAUGGUUGACUUAACUGACAAAUGGUUACGAGGAACACAUUUUUCUGCUGAUAAACUACAUGUUGGAAAUGACGAAGGCCUAGAGUAAGUCGCACCUGAGUACCUGACUGACUACCUGAGGCUGAGAAAGCCUUCAAUUAACUACCAGAUAGCAUAGCAAAUUAGUAAAUUCCUCUUCUAUACAUUUGAGAUAUGUACACUAUAGCAGUUGAUGCUUUGGCCCCCUGCUUCUACCAUGUAGAUAGAUCAUAGAGUAGGUUACAGUGAAGUUUCUGUUUCAGGAGCUAGGUUAUAACACAUUUUGUAUAGAUAAUAUCUGCGACAGAGGUAUAUACAUAUUAACAUAUACAUGUACUUUAUUGAUACAGGGGACAGUUUUAGUUGCAUAACAAUAAUAAUAUGCUGCCAGGUGAGGUUUGCCUGAAAACAU